AUGGACGUGAGCCCUAAAGCACGUCCGUUUCUGGGCUGGAGACACGGCGUAACACUGUUGUGUUUCCUUGGAUUCCUGAUCACUUAUGCCCUCAGAGUGAACCUGAGCAUGGCCAUAGUCGCCAUGGUGAAUCACACAGCAAUUCACGCACACGACGUCAAGGUAAACUCUACUACAGGCAUAGACGAGGUAUGCAAAAGACCGUCUGAAACCAAUGUUAGUCUUCCUGUUCGAAAGGAUGGUAUAUAUGCGUGGAACGAAGAGACUCAAGGCGCUAUACUGUCUUCUUUUUUCUAUGGCUACUUGAUUACUCAGAUUCCUGGAGGAAUACUUUCAACGAAAUUCGGAGGAAAGUGGGUUUUCGGUGUUGGCACGCUUCUGGCUUCGCUGUUCACGCUACUCACCCCUGUGGCUGCAGGUGCUGGUUCUGAAUGGUUGAUUUUGGUUCGAGUGCUGGUUGGAGCAGCAGAG